AUGACUUCAAAAUGGCAUCCCACGGUAACGAAUAGUUAUUCCUCUUCACAUGAUAUAGAGCUAGAAUCAAAUGAAAUAGACCAGUCCAAAGAUCAACCGCAACUUUCAUUCGUCAAUAUUGACCCCGUUCCAGUCAAAGUACGUGAUCUCUCAAUCUCUGCCAGGCUAGAUAAUCCCUUUCAAAGACUCAACCCAUUUCACAGAUUCAGAAACAAGAAAAAUAAAGAUGAUUUGGAAAACGCCAAUAUCAAGACCAUAUUAGACACGACAUCUUUUGACCUUCCUUCAGGCUCGUUGAUGGCCAUAAUAGGUGGGUCAGGUUCAGGGAAAACAACUUUGUUAAACGUUCUGGCCAAUAGAUCUUCGUCUUCAACGCUGUUUAGAAAAGGUGACAUUUCAUUCGGCGGUAAAAGUUUGAAUCAUAUAAGGAAUGCCUAUGUUAUCCAACAAGAUAUCCUUUCUCCAAACUUGACAGCCAGAGAAACAUUAGUCUAUGCUACUGAGUUAAGAUUACCUGACUCCACUACAAAAUUGGAAAGAUUAAGAUUGGUUGAAGAAGUUAUAUUGGAAUUAGGGUUGAAAGAUUGUGCGGAUACUAUUGUUGGUGAUUCUACUCAUAAAGGUUUAUCUGGUGGUGAGAAAAGGAGAUUAAGUAUUGGUAUUCAAAUUUUGUCAAAUCCUUCAUUAUUAUUCUUGGAUGAACCAACAACUGGGCUUGAUGCUCAUUCUGCAUUCUUGUUGAUCAAGACUUUAAAACAAUUGGCUAAUAGAGGAAGAACAAUCAUUAUAAGUAUUCAUCAACCUAGGUCUGAUAUCUUCUUUUUGUUUGAUUAUUUGUGUAUCUUGUCACAGGGGAAAACGGUUUAUUCCUAUAAAGUUGAUAAAGUCUUGGAGUAUUUUGGUCAACUAGGUUAUACCGUUCCAGAAAAUGUCAAUCCUGCAGAUUAUUUGAUUGAUAUAACUGCAGUAGAUAUAAGGACCACACAAGCUGAACAGGAAAGCUCUAAAAGAUUGGUGAAAUUUGUUAAUAAUUGGCAAAAUUAUGAAAAGACAAUAAUAAAUGAUAAUAUUGAGAUGGAAAAGGGUAUUCCAAUGGCUAGUUCUGUGAAUCCGGCCAACUCACAACAUAAAGCUCCAUUUUGGAGAGAACUGACAGUGUUGACAAGAAGAACUUUUUUGUUGUCAAUAAGAGAUUCGGUAACAUUGUUGUCAAUGGUUUGUGAGGCUUUAUUCAUGGGGAUUAUUUGUGGGUGGGUUUUUUAUAAACCAAAACACGACUUAUCAGGUAUAAGAACAAUGACCGGUGCUGCUUAUUCUGCUAAUGCUUUACAGGGUUAUUUAAUGUUAUUAUUCGAAGUUUAUAGGCUAACUUCAGUGGAUAUAAAGUUGUAUGAUAGAGAAAGAUCAGAUAAUUGUGUUUCCAUAGUGGGAUUCUUAUUGUCUAGAAGGAUUGCCAAGCUGUUUACUGAAGAUAUUAUUGUUCCAUUGUUCUUUUCAUUAACAACAUAUUUUAUGUUUGGGUUUAUUUAUACUGCAAAGAAAUUCUUCAUUUAUUUUGCUACAAUUUUCCUUAUCCAUGAAACUUCAAUGACUGGUGCAAUGUUUUCAGUUUCAUUAUCAAGAAAUUUUGCAAAUGCUUCGUUGUUUUCAAAUUUAAACUAUACUUUACAAAGUAUGGCUUGUGGUUAUUUUGUUAAUGCGAAGACAAUGCCCGUAUAUGUCCGUUGGACAAAAUAUAUUGCUUAUGUUUGGUAUGGAUUUGGUGCCUUGGUUUCAAAUCAAUUCACUGGAUUCAUCGGAAGUUGUCCUUAUGAAAAUCCUCAAGAUUGUGCAUCAUAUCAGGGGAAAUACAUUAUUCAUAAUCUGGGGUAUUGGGAAAAUUGGAUAACUGUACCUAUAGUUGUUAUUAUGUGUUGGGCUAUUGGGUUUUAUCUAGUUGCUGGUGUGAUAUUAAAAUUUAACAAAGUUGAUGUCGCAUUAUCAAAACAGGUUAAGUCUUCAACUCCUGAAGAAAAGCAAGAUGAAGAAUUAGAACAACUGGAACAUGUUAGAGAAGAAGUCAACACACCUGAAAAAUUGAACAUUGAUGUUAAUUUAUUGAACUUGUGUCUGGGUGUUCGUAUCAAGAAGGGUAGAACUUCCAAGGAAAAAAUCAUUUUGGAUAACAUAUCAGCAACUUUCAAAGCUGGAAAAGUUAAUGCAAUCAUGGGUCCUUCAGGGUCUGGUAAAUCUUCAUUGUUGAAUCUUGUCUCAGGACGUUUAUCCUCAGAUCUUAUUAAUAGGUACACUUCAAGUGGUGAAAUUUUCUUUAACAAUUACAUUGUGACAACCAAGAUGGUUAACUCAAUAUGUUCAUAUGUUUCUCAAGAUGAUGAUCAUUUGUUGGCUACUCUAAGUGUUCGUGAAACUUUGACAGUUGCUGCUGAUUUAAGAUUAGGUCAGUUACCUCAAGAUAAAAAAUUCGAAAUAGUGGAAGAUAUCAUCAACAAGUUGGGUUUGAAAUCUUGUGCAAAUACUUUGAUUGGUAGUGAGUUUAUUAAAGGUAUUUCAGGUGGUGAAAAAAGAAGAGUUUCCAUUGCAAUUCAACUAUUGAACAAUCCCAAAAUCUUAUUACUAGAUGAACCAACAUCUGGAUUGGAUAGUUUCACAGCUUCUUCAAUCUUGGAAAUUUUACAAAAAUUAGCAUAUGAGGGUAAAACAAUCAUUUUAACAAUUCAUCAACCAAGAUCAGAUCUUUUCCAGAAGUUUGGUCAGGUUUUGCUACUGGCAAAAGGUGGUAAAGUUGGUUAUAAUGGAGAACAACUUAAAAUGGUUGAUUAUUUUGCCUCAUUAGGUUAUCCAUGUCCAAAAUUAACAAAUUCUGCUGAUCAUGUUUUAGAUUUGAUUUCGGUUAAUAAUCAAACUCUUCAUAAGGAAAAAAUAACAAAAGAACGUGUUGAAAAGUUGUUAAACAAUUGGAGCGGAAUGAAUGUAUCAACAUCACCUCAAGAUGUCAGAACUAUUAAUGAAUCAGAAUUUCCUAAAAUUUUUGGAAGUUUUAUUAGAGAACCUGCCAAAUUCCAUGUUGCAUUUUAUGCAUGUGUUAAACAAUUGGGUAUAACAACAUUAAGAAAUCAACAAGUUUUCAUUGCAAGGAUUUCACAAGUUGCAGGUAUGGGUGUUAUUAUUGCACUUUUCUUUGCACCUUUGAAAAAUGAUUAUAUUGGUGUUUCAAAUAGGUUAGGUUUAGUGCAAGAAGUUACAAGUCUUUAUUUUUGUGGUAUGUUAAAUAAUUUAAGUUCAUAUCCUGAUCAAAGAAAUUAUUUCUAUCAUGAAUAUGAUGAUCGUGUUUAUGGGAUUUUACCAUUUUUCCUAAGUUAUAUGAUUGUGGAGAUUCCUUUUGAAAUUAUUUCAAGUUUUAUAUUUGCAGCGUUUUUGGGACCAGUUGUUGGAUUACCACGUACUCCUGAAAUGUUUUUCGCUAUUGCCUAUGUUUCAUUUUUGAUUACAUUUUGUGGUGAAAGUUUAGGUAUUAUUACAAAUACUAUAUUCCAUCAUGCUGGAUUUGCGGUUAAUGUUGUUUCCAUUAUUCUAUCAAUUGGUACAUUUAUGGCUGGUAUAAUGUCAUUACAAAUGGAUAGUGUGUUGAAAGGCAUUAAUUGGAUUAGUCCGUUAAAAUAUGGGAUGAGUAUUUUAUUAAAUAUGGCAUUUUCAGAUGAUGUUACAUUUAAAUGUGAUGAAGCAUCAUCAAGAGAUGUCAAUGGUGAUUGUGUUUUCAAUAAUGGUGGUGAUGUUUUAAGGCAAUAUGCUCUUAAAGCACCAUAUAAGAAGUUUUUUGGAGUUUUAUUAGUUGUUGCAUUCAUUUACAGAUUUGUUAUUGCCUAUGGUAUCUUAAGAUUGAAACUAUUGAAAAUUAAUCUUGGUGUUUUCAACUCUACAGCAAAAAAAUGA